GGUGCCAUUAGCAGUUUCAUUGGGUUCUCCUGUUUUCUGUGUUUCUGGUAGCUUUGCUAAUUUUGGUAGAUGUGUUGGCUGUAACUGACUAGAGCAAUAGAAAGCAAUGUAUUUCUGUUGGCAGGAGCACAUUGUAACUGUUGUUUUUCAGUAUCUUUCUAAUUGGAGAUUUUGGAAUUUUUUCCUGUUCCACUUAGACAUUUCAUAUAAAAUCAUGAUCAAAUCAUGUUGUGUACAGUGAACAGCAGUAUGUGUUGCUCUCCAUAAUCACUGCUUGUAGCAUGGUCAGUAGUAUCUCAAGUACCUCGAUGUCUGCAGACCACAGCUGAAAACCUCUGUUCUAGUUUAUGUGAGAACUCCUCUGGCUCACGUGCUAGAAAUCCGUGAAGGGAAUUUUAUGUUAGCCCUGUUUCCAGUUCUUUCAACAUAAGCGUAAAGCCCAAAGCCAGAAUGUAAGUCAGUGUGCACUGUUGUUAGUCAGAUGUGAAACUGCAUCUUUUUCCUCUCAUGCAAAUCUAUGCAAGCUGUUCUGCUACAAAGCUAGAACUGAGCUUAAAAAUAUUUAGCUCAAACUGCAUGAGAGGAAAUGUGUUAGUGAUGCCGGUGAAAGGAAGUGCUUUAAAGAUAUGACCAUAUUUCAAAGGGAUUCUGCCUGUAGAAUGACUAAAGUUGAGAUUCAGGAGUACUGCAUCCCUAUUUUAAUUUUUAGGUUUGGGUGGUGACAGUUGUCAGAAAAGCUCUGAAUAGCAAGAAGGGCAGGAUAGUCUCUCUUUCUUUGCUUAAACAAGGCCCUAGUCAGAGAGACAUCACUGGUGCUUCUUGUAGCUUUAACUGUACUGGGCAGUGAUAUGGUAGACAGCUGUAAAGUGGGACAGAGCAAACUAACUUUAUCUGUUAGUAGUGCAUAUAAACUAUGUUGGACCUUUACUUACUUCUGAGCAAGUCUUUGCCUUUUUGGCUGUGGAGACUGUCGGUCUUCUCUUCUUCACUGCCAUUACAUUUGAUAGGUUGUUAUAUUUGUCCCUAAUAUAAAUCGCACUUUUAGAUUUGCAUACCGAGUAUUCUUGUGGGCCUGCCACAGGAGAUCAGAACAAAUGCUGGACUUGUAGCAAAAAUGUAGCCCACAGAAGGUCUUUAUCUGGUGGAUAAAUUUGAAGACAUGCGCACACACACACGCACACAGGAAAUCCAUGAAGUGUAUGUCAUCAAAGCCGUGUGCUUAUACAUCACUGAAGAUAAAACCAUUGACUCUUUGAAUCAUGCCGAAGAACACUCUGAAGAACAAAAGUUUUUAAGUCUGGAUUAGAGGAAAGGGUUUGGAUCGUGGGAGCAAUGUCCUUGUCAGAAGAUCAGGAGAUGAUAGAUAGGAAUGAAUCCUGUACUGCAGGACAGAUGCCUAUGUCCUACUUUACCUGCCUGGCUUACAUACUGAAAGAAUGGACUGGCGUGGAGCAUAUUGAAGACUAUCUGAGUUAUGCAGUCUACCUUUUAUGGGUGUUUUUUCCACUCAUAAUAGUUUUUCUGCUUCCGGGAGUUAUUCUCCUCUUCAUCUACAUUUCCAUUAUCUUUGUUCAUAUUUAUAAAAGGAAGAAUGAAUUAAAGGAAGCUUAUUCCAAUGAUUUUUGGGAUGGUGCAAAACAAAUGUUGGCUACACUAUGGGAUGGACAUGCGAGAAUAUGGCAUGGUUAUGAGCUUCAUGGUAUAGAAAAUAUUCCAGAAGGACCAGGGCUCAUUGUGUUUUAUCAUGGAGCAACUCCUGUUGACUAUAUCUAUUUCAUGGCUAAACUUCUUAUACUACAGAAGAGAACCUGCCAUGUAGUAGCUGAUCAUUUCGUCUUUAAAUUACCAGGUUUUAAGCUAUUACUUGAUGUACUCGGAGUUAUGCAUGGACCAAAAGAAGAAUGUGUCAAUACUCUGAAGAAGGGCCAGCUGUUAGCCAUUUCCCCAGGUGGAGUUCGGGAAGCACUCUUCAGUGAUGAAACAUAUGUUAUUAUGUGGGGUAAUCGAAAGGGCUUUGCUCAGGUGGCCAUUGAUGCAAAAGUGCCCGUCAUUCCUAUGUUUACACAAAAUGUUCGAGAAGGCAUUAGGACAUUAGGAGGAAUAAAAAUAUUUAGGUCGCUGUAUGAGCAUCUUAGAUUGCCAGUAGUUCCUAUGUAUGGUGGAUUUCCAGUCAAGCUUCGUACAUUUAUUGGAGAACCCAUUCCAUAUGAACCAAAUGUAACUGCUGAGGAACUAACUGCCAAGCUAAAACGACUGCCUACUCUGGAAAGAAGAGAUGCCAGACUUCUACAUAAAACACUAAAGAGAAUAUUGUAUUAUUCAGAGAAGAUCAUAAAAGUUAACAACAAAAACUUUAAAAAAGUUAAAAGUGUUUUCCUAUGGUCAGGUCUGUGCUCUCUGCCCCCCUGGACUUUUCUGCAAUACCAGAGCAGCUUCAAUCUUUCUUCAAUCAACUCUCUUCAGGGAAUGGGAAGGUAGAACCCAAUGAACAUGUAGUAUUUCUCAUUUUGAUUUCUUUAAAGUCUAUUGAAGAUACGUAAAAACAUUUCUGAACUCCUGUUUCAACUGCUAUCAUGGAGCUGCCAGUACUCCAGGUGCUUCUUAAAUGGUCACACUUUUCCUUACUGUGUAAAAACUACUGGGACCCAGUAGCCCCCACCAGGGCUAUUAAAAUGUCCUGCCCAUCCUGAAACGGAUGAAUUUUCUCCUGUCCAUACUGCAAUAGAUUAAUUUUCCUAACUAGCUGGCAGUUACAGGCUUGCUUGGCCGUGUUCUUUUGCCUAUAGAGUUGCACAUUCCAGAUGGACUUUUUGGUAUCUUUAUUUUGUUUUAUGAGAACAAGCUUGGAAAAAAAGGCUGAUUGCAAUUUGGUUCAGUCCUUGAAGACUUCCAUAAAAAUAGAAAACAAGUCCCAUAAAUGAAACACAGGCACACACACAAAAUCUCCAGACUAGUUUUGGAAUCCUAAUUCUGGGCAACCUUGGCUCAUGUUUACAGGAAUAAAGCUUCCUGGCUCUUUCUCCUCUCUGUGUAGACCCAGGACCAGCAGAGAAGCAAAGCAGAUGUGAUGGUGUUGCCAGUAGCAAACAUGCCAUCCAUGUUGUGUGAUGAGGGCGGCGCAGUCCUCUCUGGAAAGAGCUGCAGCCUUGUGAGCAGCACUGAGGGCCUUUUGGGAGCAAACACUAAGCCCGUAGACUCUAGCAUGAGAUGUCUAGUAGCCAGCUCCGCACUAGACUUGUUCAUCAGGUAGCACCUCGAGGGUUGCUAUUUCCCCUCUAAAGCAAGCUAGCAGUCAUGCCUCCUCCUAAAUUCCUCUCUCCAUCGCUAAUCUCACACAUGUCUCCAUAUCCUAGGGAAUGGUGGCAACCCUGUCCUGAAGAGCAGGUGCCCCUCAAGCACCUGCAGACGCAGCAUAGCAAGACUGCUAAGGUUAAUUUCUGGUCUUCUUGUGCACCCCACUACCACCUUUAGGGUGUCCAUGUGCACUGAUCAUGCCUUGUAGGGGAAGACUGCAGCUCUAACAGGGUGUGAAAGCUUUAUAAAAAGAGCUUCUGGUAUUUUUCUGUCAUACAUACAGUAUCUGCAACUACUACUUCUGGGAGGAAAUAAAGCUUUCUGCAUAGCAGCUCAAAUAGAGGAACUGACAGAUAUUCUUACACUGUAUAAUUUAUUCCAUCCUUCUGGUGCAGCUUCUGGGUCAAAUGUAGAUCUGAAGUUCUGCUGCCCACAACACCUUCAAGUUGCUUUGGCUACUCCAUGCCCAGCGCUCCAUUAUUUAGCUCUGCAAAGCACUCCUCAUCCAUUAUAAGUAUGUACAGUUUGGUAGGCAUUUAAAGUUGGAAGACUGCUUUUGCUGCUGUCUGCAGAAAGGUGAUUAAGGAGAAUUUAGCAUGUGGGCGGUUAAGCUCUCAUUAAUGUCCGAAAACACCCUUAUAGGAGCAAUGGGAAUAGAGAAUUGACCUAAAAAGGCAAACAGAAAAUCUCAGCCAAUGGAGUGCAUUAAUCAGUCUUUUCUAGUUCCUUAACUCUUAACAUUUCCUGACCAUUAAUGGCUACAGGACCAGAUACUGUCUAGUCUUAUAUACAUACUGCUCUGUGUGUGUGUGUGUGUGUGUGUGUGUGUGUGUGUGUGUGUGUGUGAGAGAGAGAGAGAGAGAGAGAGAGAGAGAGAGAUGCCCUGUUUCUUCCGUAUAAAUAGGAACAUGGAACCUACUUUAGCUCCUGUUGCAAGUCAAACAGCAGACCAGUAUUAUUCAAUCCACCUACGGCUUUGAGAAAGCCAAGAUGAUAGCUCUCGUGCUUGCUUUGUCAUUAUGCUUUAUCAUUUCUCAUUAACUGGUUUCUGUAGAUGUGCUGAUUUCUAACUGAUUGGCUCUACAAACCAUGCAUGAAACAUUGGCAAUACUGUGAUAGCAAGGAAAUAAUGAUUUCCGGAGCCUUAGCUCCUGAUUUUAAUGCAAAUGCCCUCUGUAAAUGUGGGAACUAAGGCUAUAGGAACAUUUUCAUCAACUAGAAAGUUGCAUGAAUUUGAGCCCCAGGUCUCACCUCUACAAGGGAAAACAACAUCCAUAUUAGCAGCAUGCUCACAUCAGUGCAAUUAAGAUUGAAACACUUAGGUUUCAGAAUAGUGACCCUGCCUCAAAAAAUGCUGGCAAUACUGAUCUUCCUGAGCUCCAGAGUAAAACACAGGGAAAAAGCAGGUUUGACAAGGAAGUAAACAGAUACAUUCAAAUAUAGAGGACCAUAGGCUACAGAUGCAAUUUUACCUGUAGAGUGAGGACUGGUUGAAAAAAAGACUGAAAUCAUUGUAUCAGGGUUGUCCUUUGAGACAAGUUUCAUUUCUUUGGCAAGCCGUCCUGUUUCGACAGUGACUGCAUCUGCCCAGGCAGCAUGCCAGGCAGGAGGUGGCAGAGGAGACAUGCAGCUGAUGGAAAACAGAAGAGCCUACGGUACAGGCUCUUUAGGGGCAGAUCUGCUUCCAUCUAAGCCUGAAUCAGAUUUAAUACUAAACUGCUUGAAACAGCUACUGAUGUGCAUCUGGGGAGAUCAGAACAGGUUUGACUGAGCAUGGGCAGGCUGCAUAUGGGGGGAAGGCAGUGGUGAUUCAUCCCAGGAUAAAUGUGCUGCUGCUGGGGUGGGGCAAACUCAAUUUUAGGAGGUGCAGAGGGUGUUGGCAGCUGCCUGAAGUAAAUAAAUAAAUAAGAUCAAGAGAAUAUGGCUGGUUCCAGGUAAUUCCUAUACUGAUGACCCAAGCUUCCCUUCCUGGGAUCCCAUACUGUUCUCUGGGUGUGCUGGAUUUACCUUAUGCUUCAGGAGAAAAAGCUGAAGGUUUAUUUCUCCCAAGGAUUCACCAGUUUUACAAAAAUCUAUCAGAAAUGGAAACCUAGGUUCUGCACAAGAUUUUGGGCUUUUCUUUCCUGUCCAUUUUGCCCCUUUGUUUAGAGAGCUGUGCUGCCCCAUUACAACUGUAAUAAUAGGAAUCACUUAGCUGCCCCCAGUCAGCACCAAGCCUGUGGCACAGAGAGGUUAACAUUUAGCAAGGCAGGCUGUCUUGAGUUUGAAAAGCUGUCAGGAUGCAAGACGGCUCAGCAUGGUUCAGACAGUGAGGUUAUGCUGCUUUUUAAGUUGAAAGGAAAACUUUUAUUCAAUGCCUUAUCCCCAGAGAUCAGGUCCUGGCUAGUCUGAAAUCAGCCUUGUCUGGCUGCCACCUGGUGCCAAGGCUGCUUGUUUCACAAUUAAAAUACAUAAGCCUGUUUUCCAUGGCUCUCUUGGUAACGUUUGCCUUGAUUUACAUGGGCACCACCUCUCCAUUCACGUGCCUAGGGCAGGGCAAUCCAUGGCAUGGAAAAACCUGAACAUUGUGUCUCCUCUGUGGGCAUCCGAGGGCAAACAGAAGGAUAUUUGCGCAGGGAAGCUUACCGUGAGAAGAGGGAUGAUUUGCUAACAUUUUGGGUCACCUUUUUUUUUCAUUUUUCCCCAGGCAUAUUGGCUGGAAGUUUUCAGCCAGUGUUUCUGAUGUCAGAAACAUUAAGGGCAUGAGAAUUUAGAAGCACUGCUGUCUUGGCACAAGUGGAAAACCACAUUGCUGAAGCAGAGGCUAUUCCUCUGAAUACUUCAGCUGACCUUCUCUGAGCGUUAAUACCAAACUCUACAUUCAUGUCCUGACAGCUGCAGCAAGAGAAAUGCUCAGGUCAGUGCCUUGCCAUUUAGUACAGCAGUAAUGCAAGCUGGCAUAUAGGGAGCAAUUUAUUCAUGCAGCCUGAUGUGAUCUGAAAAAGCCAGUAUGGAAAAGUCUUCUUUGCAGCCUCUGUUUCAAACUCAGACGUGUGGGACCUGGAGAGAGCAGAGCACAGAUUGCGAAUCCAGCAGGUGCAGCAGCUCGCAGCGUCCAGCUCCGGCACUCACCCUCCGCCAGACUUCUGAUGGGUGGCAUCUCCUCCCUGGCUCUGCCCUUUCCUUCGGCAUGCACUGGGCUAUGCAUUUACACUUUCUUGUCUAGGCACAGAUUCUUUGUAUAUUUGCCCCGUGACUUUAGGCAGAUGUAACAUAAAUAACAGAGGGAAUCUAAGCCCAAAAGCUUACUUGCUUUCUUCCAACUACACCAGCUAUCUUAAUGUGUUAAGUAUAGCAUCUCCCUCGAAAUAUGGCUUACUGUAUGAGUUCAAAUGCCAUCUCUUCAGUACUUCUCUUGAACUGAGGUAGUAGUUAAUGCAGAGAAAAUUACUGCUUCUGAUAAUUAAGGUUUCAGUGAAACGUCAGAUAAAUUCUUCAAGGCAAAUUGUAAUGAACACAAGACUUUCAUGUUCUUCCAAGAAUUUUUGUGUUUCUGUAAGGCUGCACUGGUUUUUCUUCCUCUUCCUUUAGGAAAUAUUAUAGCUCUGAUCUCAAAAUAUGUUGCAUGUGCGCGCACAAGGAAAACCACUCAAACGGAUAAAAGUGCUACCAAACACUCCUCUUCCUAUUUUAAUUCUGCUCCAGGCAGAAAUAGGAACAGACAGAGUAUAUUAUCUCUGUGCACAGUAGGAAGCAUCCUGUGGCAUAGACUGCUGGCUAAAAUGAAUUAUCUAUGCAAGAGAAGUUAACUAAAACAAAGAUUUUAUGAGAUCUGUAUUCAAAACAAUGUUAAAAGAAGUUAAAUUUAAAAUUGAGGUUGAAAUCUUACUUGUAUGCCCUACAAGGGGGAUGACAUGACUGAUAGGCAGCAAAAUGCAGUGACUUCUCAGCCACAACUAAGGGGGCACAUGUUUCUUACCAGAUCAGACCAUUAGCCUGUACUGCUUUGCAAACUGAGGCACGCACUGGUAAGCACUGCUCCAGAUCCUGACUGCGAAUUCCCAUGACACAUCUUACCUCCAUGCAGUUCUGGAGGGCUGUGAAGCCAGCAAGUAACAUGAAUCCAGACUGCGCAGCAAUGCCUGUAUGCUGAACCGUAGCCACGAUGACUUUCUAAAUGUGCGUUACUGUGGCAGAUGACACCAUGCAAGUGGCUGGAUGACUGCAUCAGGCAAAUCAGAGACUGCCCUUUUGUUUCCCUGCUCCCCAGCCCACAUUUUAAGUCUUACCAGGAUGAGGAAAAGCAAACAGUAGUGUGUCAGAGGCCUUAACUGAGCACUGAAAAAGAACCUAAAUGGCAACAUUCUUUGGAUCCCAAAGUUUCCAAGAACAUUUCUAGCUCAAUUACAUAUUUUAUUAAAAUGCCUGAUUCUGGGCAAUUCAGAUGGAGAGAAGACAGAAUUUUUACUCUGUAAUUCUUUAUAUUCUUUAAUUUCUUUAUAACAGAAAGACUGCUAUAAAGCCUUGCAGAGAUGCUCUACAAGAAAGGUAAAUCUAAUUUUAUAUGCCAGAUAAUACGCCACUUUAAUGACAUUGUGUCCCAUUAGGGUGUGAAAGUGUUUUCUCUGAAAUCUGGGGGAAGGCAUCCAACACACAGUCUCAUGUCUUCACUAGCACUGAGUGACAAUUUGGGACAAGGCGAUAUGUCCAAGCAUAAGAAACUGCUAUUAAUAAAUAAAAAAAAUAGAAUAGAACAUCAGACAGAUCAAAUAUAAAAGCAAAAGCCCAUCUAAAGGCUAAACUGGAUUAAUUACUAGCUACUGGUGAUAUGUAGGAGUUCAUGUCACCUUAAAGAAUGAUAUAACCAUAAGGCAUGUUUAUUCUUAAUUGCCAAUAAUGUGCUGCCCACUGUCAGCUGGGAGGGAGGGGGUAGAACUGUAACCCCUGUGUAUGAGUACCAGUACUUCUCACAGAAGACAGGACAACCCCUUUCCUCCUUUAUAUGGUAACACAGAACUUAAACUACAGCCCAUUUUUCCAUUACAUACAUAGUACACUGUGCUGUGUAUACUGCUCACACAGGUAUGAUAUUUGAAGAUGUUCAUUAAGGGUUAUAAUUAAGAUAUGCUGUAUGCUUUAUGCUAUAAUAGAGUUUAAGUAUAUGGCAAUUCUUUGCAUUCCUUUGGAAGCUUAAAAUACUUGCUUAGAAAUGGCAAGUGGUCUUAGACACUGUGGCCCAGCUAAGGCAGGAUUUUGGAUUCUUCUGAUUUGAAAAUACGGGCUAGGUGGAAUCACACACAAAAGUCAAGGAAAUUCCAAGGCAGCACUUACGAUUCUGUAAUAAACCUGUAGGCAAACAAUGACACAGGAUGCAGAUUAAAUGGUAAUGAACACAACAAAACACUCAAACCAAUCAGACAAGUUUUCAUCAGGCUGUUGUUAGGACAUUGCUCAGGCAGCAGACCUCUGACGAAAUACCACACAGGUAUAAUGUAACCACAAGGGUCCUCUCCCACUGCCGCACUGUCGCAGCCAGCUGGAACCAAAGUCGGCAGAAGAAGGUGACAGCAUUUGAAAUGUAGACUCAGACAUAACAGAUGGUAAAAUAGAGCCAAAAGCAAAACCAAAUCCCCAAAGGAAAGCACGGAAACAAAUAUCAGAGACAAACAGGCAUUUAAAAUAAACAAACAGACAAAAACAAAAGCAGAAGAAGCCUUAAAGGGAGAAUCUUGAAAGAGUUAUAAAAUCAUCAGUCAAGCAAAAAAAAAGAUCAGUAGGAACAAACAAAUGCAAUAAGGAAUGGGUGAAUUGCAUUAUGCUGCUCGCUCAGUCUGAAGGAGCCUCCAGAUGUUCCUUGUUACUCUGAUCUGUAACUAAAAGUUAUGAAAUAGCUCAUUUGCUUUUGAGUUUGAAAAGGAGAAAAUUAAAGCUGUCUGUAUCUGAGGUGACCAUGAUGAAACUAGAACAGUGCACUGAUUUAAGGGGAACAGCACAAUUACUUUUUUCAUAGAAUUGUCGUCAGAGCAGAUUUCAAAGUUGGCUCUUUAUUCCGGACAGCAAUCUAUUCUCAUACAGGGAGAUGUGAGUUGUGUCCCAAAGAGAAAGGACGUUGCAGAUGCAGGAGUCAAAGCCGAUGUGUCCAAAAGCCCCCUCUGAUUGGGGAAUCAGGGCAUUGAGGUGCUUUGGCUACUCAGCAUGAAAAAAAAGGGCCAUGUCUUUCAGAGCCACUGAGUGCUCCCAGCGCCUAUUUGUGACAAGAAGUGCUGCAGGCUCUGAGCACUCUCCAAAAUAAAGCCAAUAUGAUCUCCAGCUAAAUAACUUAUCUCCUGCAGGCAGACGUCUUUCCCCUCCCUGGGCCCAAAGGCUUUUUCUCGCAGCUUCCCCACUGAAGCAAGUAUCCCUGCAGCGCUCUUUGCAAGCCGAAAGCCACGAUGACAGACCUGAGUGAGAGGUAGCCAGAGACAACUAGAAGUAAAAGGCAGAUGCUCCUGGCACCAGUGCUCAGAAGACUAUUCCCCUUUUAUUGAACCUUUGGUUCCCAGCAAUUUCCCAGGCUGAGAGCAUUAACAAUUUGUGUGUUUCUGCAGCGUUUGCAGGGGGCAGCUGAGCUGUGGCUGGCUGUGGUGACCAUUGUCUCACCCUGGCCCAAGGAGGAGAAACCACAUUGGCCUCCAAUCCCCCAAGGAAAAUGAGGAUACAUGGCAAUGGGGAGCAAGGAGGAGGCAUAUGGUGAAAUGGGGAAGUCACAUCAUAGAAGCACUGUGAGAAAACUUGCACGGGACAUGAGAUGGAGCAGAAAUGGAAGGGUAGAAAAUGGGAGGGUGGGUGGCAUCUGCAGGGGAGCUGGAGCGGGAGGAGGAGAAGCGCACAGACAGAAAAAGAAAAAAGAUUGUCAAGGGUGAACAUAAUGAGCAAGUGCUAUUUUUAACUCCUGGGGUUCAGAGAGAGUUGCUGUAUACUCAGGGUAGCUGGAGGAGACAGCUGGCAUUGAGGAGACAGCUGGCAUUUGUGUAUUUAGCAUGGAAAGGUAGAGCAGUAAGUUUUCUCUCUCUAUAUAUAUACAUACAUAUAUACAUAUAGGGACAAUCACUUCUCCUGAACCCAGGAGAAUCCACUUCAUGAUGAUUGCCAAAUCUAGAGAGAUUAGUAAAGUGAAGCAUCAUAUAGACUUAUGGAGAAUGAAUUUCUGGAGGAGAAUGGGAAAAAGACUCUUGACUAAGUAGUAUCAUGUUAUAUUAUAGCCCUUUAUUCCCUCAGGAAGGGCAAACAGAUGAAGCGUCUCCAUAACUGCAAGGACAGCUUCCAGGACUCACACACUCGUUUGCACAGGUGAAAAACAGCCAGGUGUGUCUCCCUGAGCAAGCACAUAGGGCCGGUGUACAGGAACUGCUAGCAGAGAGCGUUGCUGAGCUCCACUAGUCACCGAUAUCAAAAAGAAAGUUAGCUCAGCAUCUAAAUAAUCGUUGGAGUUUUAUGAAUUGAUCAGAUUCCAAAUCUGGACUGCUAUAAACUUUACAGAUACAGGAAAUUUAAAAUUUAUUUAAGACGAACUUGCUUAAAACCAUGGGAUAGCUUGGAGAUAGACUGGAAGAGCCCACAAUAAUAAUGCAUUCACUCAAUUGCAAUAUUUAUAAUGGGCAUGUACUUAAACUUAUCCUCCCAUAUUUUGAGGCAUUUUCAAUGAUCUCACCCUCUAUAACUGGUUCACUUGGUUAAUAAUGAUCCAAUCUUCUAGAAAACAGAAAGGUAUGUAAAUCCUACGAGGACAUUUACCAGUUAGACAGCACUGGGAAACAUUUCACCUACAUAGUGGGUGUGAUUAUGGGAGUACAGUUUAUGUUCACUACACUUAAUAAGAACCUGAUUAAAAAUAAAUGACUUGGUUACUGGAAAACCCACCAAGUAGGAGCAUCCCUUUCUCUGCUUCAUUAUGAUUUCCAAAUGUAGAGAUGCUAAUAAAGUGCAGCAUCAUACAAACUUUAAUUUAUGGAGAAGAACAGGAAAAAGACUCCUGGCUUUGCUUUUGUUUGUAGCCUCUUGUGAAUUAAAAAGAUCUUUCCAUCUAAGACAAAAACCCUACUGCUUAACAAUGCACAUGAAGUAGCAGCCUCAGGCAGGGGCAGCAGGAGACAUAUUGUGGCAGGGGUGAUAAGUGAGGCCCCGUGCGCUAGAUGACAUGACAGCAAGCUCGAUACAAUGGCACACAACUGAAGACACCACUCCAGUCAGGCUGGCUUUAAAUGCUCUGGAGCUAUGUUUUUGUUGUUAAAUUGAGCUCUCUUCCCCUUUCCCAGUGAAAAAAAAUGCAGAUAAGCACAUUAGUAUAAUAUUAAGGUAAACUAGUAACUGUGGACAAUGUAGUUCAGAGUUCACUCUGCCAAAAAAACAUGCCAGAGGUUUCCAAUCCAUCUUCACAUCAAAUUCAGCUAGGCUUCUGUGCUUGACAGUGGGUCUAAAGUGCUCCCAGAGCAGAAAUACUGCACAGCAUAAGUACUUACUUUUCUACUUUCCAGCUUCAUUAUAGAGCGCACAAGCCACUGAACAAAAACAUUUUAUACCUGUGUAACAUCUAAGAGAACUUAGAGAAAAAGAAGAACUUUUCAUCUGUACUAGGCCUUUCUAAGAUUCCUGUUGCUGUAGUAUGAAAGCACGGUGCUUUAUUUCCCAUCUUUGAACUUGAGAAAAAGAUUUAGUUGUUGUUAGGUGGGUUGUUUUCCCACCCCUUGAUGGUCUAAGAGAUACCAACAGAUGACAACUAAGAAGAAGGAGCAGGAAUCCUGGCUAAGGGACAGAAAGGUUACGAGAUUUGGGUCUGCCCUUUGUUGCACAAAUUCCCAGUCCUGCUUGGGGUGUCAUUGCACAUGAUGAAGUGGCAAAGAAAUCCAGAAGGGCUAUUGAGGCCAUUGGAGAUACUGCCGAAGAUGUCAACAACUUGUGCAAUAGCCUAGUGAUUAAAAUACUUGCCCAUGAGGCACAACUAGAAGAAACUAAACCUCCCUUGAGUUAUGGGGGUUUCAACAGACUAAAUUCGAGGAAGCUGCCUCUGGUCAGGAGGCUGUCCUAGUUAUCACACUCAACACAAGGCUGGGGUGAGGCCAAUCUUCCCUGUCCGGCUACUUGACCUGGCUCACCGCACUGCAAAUAGUAAUGCUUUCAGGAGUCUGAAGGGAGAAUAAGAGCAACAGAACACCUUCUUCUGUUCCUCAGUGAGCAGAGGACUUCUCAGGUGACAGAAGAGUCAUGUGUUUCUGCAGCUUCUCAUUCAUUUUGUAUUAGCUGUGGCUAAAAUGCUGAACUAGCCCUGAGAGCAGAUCCAGAAAUCCCCCCCUUUCCAAAAGAGCAUCCUCAUCACCAAGGCUCCCUCUUGCUUUUCCCUUCUCUGGGGCUGUGGGCUUCUUGCAGGUGCAGGUGGCCCCGUGCUAGAUAGCUGGGGCAAGGGAGGAGACAGCCUCCUGCAGAGGAGGGAGAUCCAUCUCUGACAGACCAAGGAGCGAGGAGGACCCGCCUUCCCACUCCCUGGGCAAAAGGCAGUUUUUUCGGAGUUCUGCCUUGGAAAUAGUGCUCAGGGUGCCAACCGCAGUGACUGGGGCACCCUGCUCGUGUUGGCUGAGGUGCCCGCUGGGGUAUCUAACAGUUUCCUGGGAGAUUCCUGCUGGGCUUGUAGGAUUGUCCAGGUCCCAUGUGGAGACACUGGGUCUCCUCUAGGUCUCUGAGGUAGCCUGGGAGUUGCCCACACUGCUUCUGUGCUCAGAGACCUCUGCCUUAUGUGGUGGUUUCUAUUGACUGUGUGUGGGACUCCACAGGAUCCUGGCAGGGAUAUGCCUGCUAUUUAGGCGCUUGCUGGCAGAAACGAGCACUGGAAUAAUUCUGUGGCUUGAGCAUUGCACAUUAUGUGGUUUCACCCAUUAAGAUUUCUCAAAGGUUCUAGUAUAUGUGUAUAAAAGCUGAAAUAUAUUAUUAAAAGGAAAUCCUUGUUGAAGAAAACUGAGUUUUGCUGUGUUACUUGCUGUAAUUUCAGACCAGCUCCAUAAAACUUGUAAACUACAAAUUAUUAUGAAUUUACACAGAUACAACAGACCCGAAUUUUGUUGUAUGAUAAUAUUGCCUAGAAUCCUAGAAUAAUUAAUGUUGGAAAGGACCCCUGAAGGUCAUCUAGUCCAAUCCCUUGCUCAGAGCAGGUCAACUUUGGUCUUGCUGUUCAGUAAUAAUUUCAGAGGGUCAACAGAUAACACGCUUUUACUGAUCCACCAAGGCAGAAGAGUUUUAGAAAAGACUCUAGAGAUAUGGUAAAAUGACCACAGUGUACUUUAUUUAAUGAUUUUGGUACCUUGUGUUGCAAUAAAAUAAAAAAAAUCUACAAAAUCCAAAUAUAUAAAAUUUUCAAGUUUUUCUUUUAAGUUUUACAAGAAAAAUCAAGUUGUAACCAAGGAAAUUUUUUAGUAUGAAGCACUACUUUCAACUUCAUUUUAUCACAAAUUGCAACUUACUUAACAGACCAAAAGAACUAUGGUACUGCAGUACAUCAAAUACUUCACACACUGUGUUCUUUACUAUAGCACAUGUAACCACUGCCAUGGGAGACAGUAGUCUCUAGCCAAUAAAGACACUCUUCACAAUCUGAACUCUAAAGGAAUGUUUGUAUACAUGGAAUCAGAAUAUAUAUAUUUACAGGAAGAUUUUUUAAUAACUAUUUUGAUUCUUCAUUUCAAAUAAAAUACCAAAUACAUUUUUACAAUGUUUACAAGUCAAAGCACAAGUUCUGCAAUGAUUAUCAUUCACCUCAAGUCACUGUGCUUGUACUGGGGGGAUAUCUACACUGCUCCAUAAACACAAAUGUGAUCUUCCAAAACUUUAUUUCUGCAAUGGUGACUAAGGAGUAUAAGCACAGUAACAAUUAUUUUAGCACAAUCAGUGUAUAAUGCAACAGUUUACAACAGAGAACUGAGAAACUAUUGGUCCAUUCUGUUCAAUUUGCUAUUUAUCUGCCAACUGUUACUUUAGCUUUUGUCACAUAAAUUGUGUACAAGAUAAGAGUUAAAUAACACAACUUGAAUAGGAAAGAGCACACAUUUUUUAAGGCAAAUUAAUAAGCAGCUUAUGGUGUGUUUUUUUUUUUU